AUUCAAGCCAAACAGAUGGAGGAUCGUCCUUGAGCGUUGAAACAAUCUUUAAAGCUAACAUUGUGUAUAUCGGUCAUCAGUUUGCUGACCGAACCAAAAUUGCUUUUAACAACUGUAUCAUGAGAAGAAACUGUUUUGUUCAAUCUGGUAAUACUAUUGAGAGCAGUUCUUAAAAAGGAUGUGAUUAUGUAUCGCAUCAUUUGUGGAUUGCCUUAGUACAAAAACAGCCUACUCAGCGGACCAAACUGUCAACCUGGUGGACAGCGAAGGUGAAAUUGGCUUGUUGCAUUCGGCUUUUAUUUGGUGUAGUGACACGACGUAAAUUUUGUGUAUGGAUUUUACUUUUGAAUAUCAAUGCCGCUAGGGUGAGCUUAGGGCUUACCGAAACAAGGGAUCUCAAGCAUACCCCUUUUUCGCACAUCGGCGAAUAGCCAUUUUCGGUUUUCUGUUGACUGCAACUAACACUUAUUCGGAAAAGAUUUACCGUGAGUCACUGCGUGCACUACCAACGCCACUGAAGAUAAGAAAGACUACACACGCACAAUGAUGGGCGGCAUUUCGGCAGUAUUCUGGCGAUUUUUUCACUGGGGACCGUUGAUUGCGAUAAGUAUAAUCAAAUCAAUAACCUUCAUGACCCUCUACAUGAACACCAUGUGGUGGCCUCCGAAUCGAUCGAUCGGCGGAUUUAUCAAUCAAACUAUUUUCCUAAUGCUGUCCGCUAGCACCGGAUUUAAUUUUGUGAUGGCGUCGCUUACCGGACCGAAGUUCCUGCCACUGCGGUGGCAUCCGAAAAAUCCUAAACACGAACAGUUCCUCCAGUAUUGUGUCAGCUGCGAUGGGUACAAAGCACCACGGUCCCAUCACUGCCGAAAGUGUGAUCGCUGUGUGAUAAAAAUGGAUCAUCACUGUCCGUGGAUUAAUAACUGUGUCGGAUGGGCGAACCAUGCGUAUUUUACGAGCUUCCUUGGGCUUGCCGUGGCCGGUUGCGUACAAGCCACUUUUAUUCUCUGUGGAUCGCUGUAUACAGGCUUACACCGGGACUGGUAUCUGUACUAUGGACAAUACUCGAAGGCAACCGUUCAGCUGGGUUUGUGGAGUCUGAUUCUGGGUGUGUUCAACAUUGGAUUGGCCAUCGGAGUAAUCAUCGCGGUGGGAAUGUUGCUGUUUUUCCAAGUCAGAGCCAUUCUGAACAAUCGAACGGGAAUAGAAGAUUGGAUCCUGGAGAAGGCCAAACAUCGUCGCGAAAACGGUGGAAAGCGUUUCAUCUAUCCGUACGAUUUGGGAAAAUGGCGAAACAUACUGCAGGUUGCGAAUUGGACAUGUGCUCCCGUCGGCAAUGGAAUUGAAUGGGCUGUGGCGGAUGGAUGCGAUCAGUUUACGUUGACGAAAGAGCAACUGCAACAAAAAUCAGAGAAACGUGCUCGGACGAGGACAUACACUAUCAAUCGCCCGGUUAGCGGCAGCUGGGCUCCUCUGUGCUCUCAGGGAUGUCGGGUCUGUCUCAGCCCACCGUUGACGGAUGAACCACGCAUUAGGUUGGAAGUGGGUGACGUAGUUCGUGUAACUCGCUGGCGCAAACAUUGGCUCUUUGGGGAAAAGGUAUUCGCAAACACGGAACCGGAAUGUAGAAAUGGCAGCAAAAAAGAGAAAAAACAGAAUCCGAAACCGGCAGUAAAUUCGAAAGCACCUCGGAUACGAGGAUGGUUCCCGAGGCAGUGCGCCGUCGAGCUGCUGGAAGACGAUGAUGAAUCCGAACAGCAACAACACUUCAAAGAGAAGAAAAAAGCGAAAUAGAUGGCCAUCUGGGAGUAUUUUUCUAUAGUGUUUAUUUUUUAACGGCGCUUUUUGUCAUUUUUUCCAAAAUAGCCAUGCUGCUUUUUGCUGCUAACGUGACGAUUAACUACUAUUUUUGGCAAGUGAAGAAAACUAUACAUUAAAAUAAUUGUUAAUAACUAUUUUUAUCGAACUAAACAAAUAUAAGAAAGUUUAAUCCAAA